AAAAAGUCCAUCAUAACAUUUUAUUUUUCAACAUAAAAGAAAGGAAUCAAUUAUUCUUUGUUCCUUCUGGCUGUAGAAAACAAACAUGAGCAACAAUGAGAAGAAACGUAUCCCCGACGCGCCAGUGCCGGCGGCGGCCCCGGGGAACUUGCUGUCGAGUGUAGCGCCUCCUUCACAGCUCCCCAACUUUGUGACUACCAGUCCGGCUCCCAUGGCAGUUGCUGUGGCACCACAGCUACCACCGCAAUUGGCAGCUACUUUAGCACCUGCCCCACCUGCAUCGGUGCCAAUUGCCCCUACACCAGCGCCUAUUGCUCCUACAUCAGUGCCUAUUGCUCCUGCACAAAUUCCUGUUGUAUCAACCAUGCAGCCAGACUCGCCAGAGAGAUUUUGCCCUGCAAUACCACCAAGUAAAGGAGAACCUAUGCUGUCAAUAAGGUCUCCAGAGGAUUCCCAAACUACACAGUCACCUGAUUCCUUGCCAGAUUCAAUGUCUGAUGUUGAUAAACUUGGCGACAUAAUGCCAGGCAGUGGCAUAUUUACUUGGGUAAAGGGAGCUGUAUCGUCCGGCGGGAUCCUACAGCGUGUUGCCGAGAAGGCCAAGAACUCCGUCGACUCUAUGAUCACCACGCUCGACCCACAGAUGAAGGAGUACCUAAAUAGCGGUGGCGACGUGAACUUAGUGGUAGCUUCAGACAAGGAUGUCAAAAUAUCACCAGUUCGAGAGGCAUUCCAAAUUGUUUUCGGCAAAGCAACUGUCACAGGUUACGAGGCCCAGAGCGACGUAACAGCAGCGCAACCAGUAGGCUACGCCGCUGCUUAUGCGGCCGCCAAGCAACGCAUCGCGCACAUCCGAUCAGCACAUACCGAAGUGCAUAACAAUAUACCCAUCGUUGCCGUCGAGGGGUUCUUGCAUGAAGCUGUAGCUGACAGAUGGUACGCGAUAGACCUGCUAGUCCUCUCCCAGCCUUCCCUUGGCAUAGAACUGCAACUACAAUCCCAAGGAUGCCCAGUACCCGCGGCCGCAGUUGCGGCGGCGCGCGCCAGUACGCCCGAAGACUACGCGCACAUACAGACAGGGUUUAGCGUCACCGUGCCGUCUGUCAUGGCCGACAGUCUGCAGGUUCCCCACACGCAGUGGCAUGAAGCUAGCACUGGUGUAAGCCGGCGUGAGCUUCUACUGCUAGCGGCGCGGUCGCUAGCUGGCUCUUACAAGAAACUAUUAGCGGUGUCCGCCGCUGAAAUAUGAACGAAUUGCUCCUGGAAUUUU